CCUGCGGCGGAUCGCGAGUGCGCGCUCAGACCCGGAGAUCCGCGGACAGUGGGAAGCUUCUUUCCCCUCACUCCACCCGCUGAGGGUGGCAACUAGGACCUCGGACCUUCCAGGCAGGCUUGGAGCAGAAAGCUCUGGCAGAGGGGUCCUGAAACCUUGUUGAGCAGGGGGUGAGAGGGUCGAGGUUCUACAUAAUUUGAUGUUAUGGAGCACGCUUAUUCUCGAGAGCGAGUGCAGGAUCCCUGCUCCUCUGUGGGUGAUUCCACCUGCCUGAAUCAGACAUCCUGCCUGGGCCCAGAAUCAACCCCCUGUGCCUUAACCCUCCAACUCUCACAUGGACAGGGAUCUAGGAUCAGUCUAGGGGAGCCAGGAGCCCCUACAGUCCUGGACCCUGCCCUACAAGAUUGCACAGCUGGGGAUGGAGGGGGCUUGUAUUGAAAACCAGUGGAAAUGAACAGGUGAAAUUUACCAUGACGUCAAACUGUGCUCAAAUUCCUGUUCAUUUCAAGGGUGUUUUUCCUUGGUCCCCACCCCUCCCACUUCCAUCAAUGACCUCAAUGCAAAUACAAGUGGGAUGGUCCUCCUGGAUGCUCCAGGUUCUGGACGUAAGCGGUGACACAAUCCACUGGGGCACAGGAUCCUUCCCCUCAUUGGCUGCCCAGAGCUCCUGGACCACCCAACACUCAAAGCAGAGGGAAUAAAAGCAGACGCUGAUGCUGGGAGGCAUCAGAGCCACUUUCCAGCUCAAGUGCCACAGAUACUUCGAGAGUGCCUUUCCCUGACUUCGACGCUGCUGCUGCCACUGUCUCUGUUCCAGGCUACCUGCUAGUACUUGCCCGAAAGGCGUCAUGGGCUUCUGGAAGUUCUCCCCCUUCCUGCCUCUCAGCAUCUUGGUCCUGUACCAGGUGGGCAUCAUCCAGGCAGCACCAUUCAGGUCUGCCUUGGAGAGCCUCCCAGAUCCUGCUGUACUCCCUGAGGAGGAAUCGCGACUCCUACUGGCUGCGCUGGUGAAGGACUAUGUGCAGAUGAAGGUCAGGGCGCUGGAGCAGGAGCAGGAGACAGGGGGCGCCAGCCUGGACAGCCCCAGAGCUAAGCGGUGCAGUAAUCUGAGUACCUGUGUGCUGGGCACAUACACGCAGGACCUCAACAAGUUUCACACGUUCCCUCAGACUGCAAUUGGGGUCGGAGCACCUGGGAAGAAAAGGGUCAUGGCCAGAGGCUUGGAGAGAGACCACGGCCCUCACAUUGGCACGUCCCAGGAUGCCUACUAAGCCCCUCCCUCUCCUUUCUAAUUUCUUUUCUUACUUCUUUCCUAUAAGUUAAUGCAUGUGGUCCUCUCUGCUUGUUCUUCGGGCUGGUAUGAGUGGCUUUCUUUGUGGCAGUCGAUGUCUGGAAGCUCAGAUGGGAGGAGAGAGAGCAGGACCUACAGACCAGAAGAGAAUCACCCAGGAAGAGAUCAGAGAGAGAGAGGGCAGCCCUGUGAGUCCCUGAGAAUUUCAUAGCAGAGCUUCUCACUCCAGCUUCUGAAUGUGCUUGUCAUUGGGGAAUAAAAGUAUAUUUCUAAAAAUAUUGAGCAGUGGUCAUUAUUGCUGUGGCCCAGAUCCCAGGCUUCAUGGUUUCAGGGACCUGUUUUAGAAGUAGCCUUAGCUCCAGGUAGCUGGACUCAGGGCAUGCUGGGUGGUCCCUGUGACCAACCUCAAGUAGCAAGAACAGGAGCCCAGAGGAGCAGGUAAGCACCUCCAUGACUUGAUGCUGCCAACUCUCUUCCUCUUCCAGGUGAGUCUGGGAAAUUUUCAUAUUCCUAGAAGGGUAUUUGGUGAUUUGAGUGGGAUGUAACUUCUAGACAAUCCUUGUGAUGGGGUUGGGUGUGGAGCCAUAAUUCUCUCCAGUCUCAUAAACUUUGGUUGAUCUUUAGUUUAUUAAUACAGAAACGAUUAGCUGUUACAGCUCUGUGUCCGGUGGACAGUUACCUAGAGCCACCACUGGGUUUUCCGACACGUCUGGGAAUGUCUAUGGGGAGUGAUCAUGGCAUUUUCCCUAAUGGCCUAUGAUUUUCUGCUAUGAUAACUGUGUUUAGGAGAAACUCCUAAGGUUCAUUGGUGCCUCUCAGAGCAGUAAUUUGACCAUGAAGGUCCCAUGGGGCAGGAUCCUGCCCCCAGCCUCUCACUGACAGGCCUUUCUUUUUCUCCAUCCUGCAAAUCAGCAUCACUGCCCAGAAGAGAUCCUGCAACACUGCCAGCUGCUUGACCCAUCGGCUGGCAGGCUUGCUGAGCAGUGCUGGGAGUAUGGCGAACAGCAACUUGCUGCCCACUGAGAUGGGCUUCAAAGUCUCUGGCCGUCGCCGCAGGGACCUUCAGGCCUGAGCAGUGAAAUGACUCCAGGAAGAAGAUCACCAUGAAGCUGAACUCUACUUCCUUUACUUCAUAGUGAAAGCAACUUAUUGGACAGGGAGCAUGGAAGAUACACCUAUAUGCAUGCUUCUGGACAUUGAAAUCACUCUUUUCUGUUUAAAAUAAACUAAAGCUAAAUGCAGAAUAAAAUCAUUGCAGUUA